GCGUAGAUGAUGCUCUUAGUCACCGACAUGCCUUGCUUACUUCCUUAUAGAUGAAAGUUAUAGGAUUUGAAGUGAUCAAGGAGUUGUAUGAGGAUGAUCCUGAUUUUAGUAGCAUUUGGAAAGCCACUUAUGAUCAAGCCUUUCAGCAAUAUCAUUGCCAGCAAGAUUACCUAUUCAAGGCUAAGUUUGCCUACAACAACUCUUUGAAUCAAGCUACAGGAAAAUACCCAUUCGAAGUAUUAUAUGGAAUGCAUCCUCUCAGUCCUUUAAAUCUUGCUCCAUUGCCCACAUCUCGACAAUUUAGCACAGAUGUUGAACAACGAGCCAAGGAGAUCAAAAAACUUCAUGAAGAGGUUCAUGAGAAGCUACAACGUCAAACCAUUAGUAUAUGGGACGAGAUAUCCACUGGAAUGCAUAAUUUGGGCUACAGCCGUAGUGCAAAGAAAUGUAAAGAGAGAUGGGAAAACAUCAACAAGGAUUUUAGAAAAUCAAUAGGAAGUGUUAGGAAGCGAUUUGACAAUGGUAAGAGACGCACAUCUUUUCAGGAAUUGAACACGCUCUAUAGUAAUGAUGAACAUGCCAAUGCAGGAAAUCCUAUGAAUUAUGCAAAGAAUGAGAAUGAUAAGGUGGUGGAUAUUGGUUUUAAGGAUUCAAAUGAUCCCUCUGACUUUAAAGCAGAUGAUGGUAGCUAAUUUUUCAAGCCCCUAUUAUAACCUUAUAUUUCAUUCUUUAGUUGAAGAUUUAAUGAUUAGCCUACCCAAUUUGUGUCUCUGUGCCAUUUUGCUUUUCUAAAACAGAUUCAUGGUUUGUUACAAAUCUUGUAAACCGCUGAAGUACAGGAUAUUGUAGCAUUUUCUAUCGGCAUAUGUAUGUAUAAUUAUGUCUUACUCUAUUAACUUCCAUUGAAAGAGAUCAAGACUGCUGCUCUGGCUAGAGUGGAGGGUGUUAUGCAAAAGGUAAUCUGCAUGCUAUUGCCUUGGGGUUUUUUGGCCAGCCUGCAUGCUAUUGCUUAGUAAUGGAGUUUGAAUGUCUCUCCUUCCAGUUAGUAGUAACUAUACAUGCAGAUUCUUUUGGGUUUGCAUCCAGAUGUUUGGAUUAAGCUUGUUGUUGAUAUAUAGAGCUAGGUAGGAUAUAUUCUUCCUUUUAUUGUAUUGGUAUUGUAAACCCUUGUUGGAAAUAAAGAUUUGGGAGGAAA